AUGCCUAUAUAUCCAGCAAAUUCAAAAGCAUCGCAGUGGGUUUCGGCAUUUCGAAAAGUCAUUGUUAAUUCGAUAACACGUACAAUACAAAUUGAAUUUAUUGGUGCACCAUCAGCGUACUGUUUUGAGGAAUAUGAAAUUCGGUUGAAGGACGAAACAGGCUUUGAACUAUUAAGAACAGCAACAAUUCCUGUAGCUCAUAUGUAUACUGAAAUUACUAAUAAUAAAGCAGUAUUAUUUGGCAAAUAUAUUUUCACCAAUCUUCAGGCCAACCAAGAUUAUAUUCCAUCAAUUAUACCCGUAGAGAGAGCCAGAGAUGGUCGUUGCCUUUGUAUAAUUAAUGGCAAUAAUCCAUAUGAUAACAGAAGUAUUUGUUCAUGUAUUGCAGCCGACUGGGAAAAAGUACGUAUAAGAAAUAAUUCAGAGAUGAAACAGCAAAAUUUUCUUAUAAUUUAUACACAUGAUUGUCCUGAACAUGAGAGAGUUGUUACUGCUUUUGCUGAGUUUCUUCGCCAACAAUUCAAUUUUAAUAUUCAUUUGGAUAUAUGGGACUUAGAAGAAAUUGAAAUCAACGUUAUGGAUUAUAUAACUAAAUCGAUUAUUAAUGCCAAUAAAAUACUGAUAAUUAAUUCGAUUGGAACUUAUGUAAGGUACAAAAAUAAAAUUGAUCAUAAAUAUCGCAUUGAAUCCACUAAGCCAACAAUAUUCGACGAUCUUUUUGAUCCACAAAUUGAUCAAGCUCUCAGGCAUCCUUAUUUGGUAUCAAUUCGUUUUAUUUAUACAUCAGAUAUUUAUAUAUUACCACCCUUAAUAUAUCUUCUCCAAUAUACACUGCUUGAUAAUAUCAAUUUGUUGUUGUCAAAUUUAUCCAAUAAUAACGAAAUUAGCUUUGAUCAGAAUUCUCUAAAUGAAUUAAAAUCAGCGAUAACUUAUAUGGAAUUAUUCACUGAUAGCGAACCUUUAUGGUCAGAUAAUUUUACAGUGGCCAAUCAUAUUGAAUUAAAUGUAAUGAAUGCUGAUAGAAAUAAAAUGACUAAUAUUGUUGAAAAAGAUUCUGGAGUUAUUGAUGAUAUCGAGGAUAAUUUAAAUAAAAUUUAG